AUGGCGCAACGAGAACGUCGGUCCAAUGCAGGAAAUCGUAUGGCAAAACUACUCGAUGAGGAGGAAGAAGAUGAUUUCUAUAAAACAACUUACGGCGGCUUUACAGAAGCCGAUGAAGAUAAUGAUUAUAUCCAAGAGAAAGAGGUUGAUGAUGAAGUGGAUUCUGAUUUUGAUAUUGAUGAGACUGACCAGCCGAUAUCUGACACGGAAACUGAAGAAAAAACUAAACAGAAAGUUAGCACUAAGGGUUAUAAGGAUCCAAAUAGAAAAAGAAAAGCAGAAAAGAGUAAAAAGGUAAUAGUGAAAAAGACAAAAGAGCCGAAACCAAAAGACGAAUCUGAAAAAGUCGAGCCAAAUGAAAUAUCAGUAAUGGAUACAUCUAUUGAAAGAAAAUCAAUAAGACAAAGCACAGCUGUCAAAUCCCUUGAAACACAGCAGCGGAUUAAAAUAAGAUCAGAACUUAAAAAGAAAAAACCGAAGAAGGUUGAAGAAAGAGUUCUGACUCAGGAGGAGCUGCUUGAAGAAGCUCUUAUAACUGAAAAAGAGAAUUUAAAGAGUUUGGAGAGGUUUGAACAAAGUGAAUUAGAAAAGAAAAAAAUAAGACCAAUAAAGAAAACGAUAACGGGUCCAGUAAUAAGGUACCAUUCUUUUGCUGUUCCAUUAAUAACAGAAGUGAUGCCAGAGGACAAAAUUAGUUUAAACACACCAACAACGGAACAACCAGAGUUGAAUUUAAGUGAUUUGAUAAAAAGUGAAGAUGGUUUAACACUAGAUGAUUCAAUUGAAAAUCAACAGUCAAUACAAACUGUCAAUGAAAAUGGUGAUCAAAAAGAUGAUAAAAAAGAAAUACAAAUUGUAGGACCAGAUGAGAGUUUUAAUAUUGAAGAUGCAUCUAUGAAAGAGGAAAAGCCACAAACAGUUAAAGCAAAUACAAAAUAUCAUGAGAGGACAUUAUUAUACUUUGAGAAUGAUAUAAAAGAUGAAGCAUUUAAUGCUUGCUUUCCUCAAAGGAAACCAAAGAAGAAACGAGAACUUCUAUGUGCUGUUACAAAACGUCCAGCCAGAUAUAUAGAUCCAAUAACAAAACUUCCAUAUCGUAGUGUGGAUGCAUUCCGAAUUAUACGUGAAGCUUACUAUCAGCAAUUAGAAGCCAGGGGUGACAAAAACGAUCCUCAAGUGGCCGCCUGGUUGAAAUCACGGAGACCUAAUACAACAUCGUCUUACGUACAAAUACAUAUUAAAUGA